CCCCCCCCCCCACCCAACUCAUCCUGCAUAACGUCCCCAAUGAUAAUGAUCCUGUUAUUAAGUCCCCAAUGAUGGUAUCUUACCCUUAUCUCUCUUACCCCAGAUCGAAAAUCCAAACCUUUAUCAUGGCAAAGAAGACUGCAAUCCUUACCGGCGAAGCUUCUUCUCCUCUCCUCUUCUGAUAUGUUUCACCAGGACCAGGAGAUUCCACCUUGCAGUUUAGGCUUAUUCAUUUCUGGGAAGCUCGGAAGAAUGUGAAAGGAGGACCAGGCAUCAUUCUUGGGAUCAAGAUGCUUAUGAUCGAUGCAGAGGGUACUGUGGCUCAGGGGUUCAUCGGUCAGAACCGUCGCACCCAAUAUGAAAAAGAGCUCCGGCUUGGCACUGAGUGGUAUUACAUUGCUUGCAAGGAUUGCCAGACAAAGCUAAACCGUGGGCCGACAACAAUGCUUUGUCCAAAAUGCGGGAAUGAAAAUGCUACUGCAGUAGCCAAUUACCGCGUUGAAAUGUAUGUCUAUGAUAAUGAGGAGCAGUGCACUUUCAUCAUCCUCGGAGAUGCUGGUAAAGAGCUCACCGGCAGAAAAGCAACAGAGUUGAUCGACGCUUAUGUUGAGGAUAAUGGUGGAGAUGGGGCUGAGCUUGAGAUUCCACUGCCACAAUGUUUAAUCGACACAAUUGGACAGACAAAGAAAUUCAGGAUCAAGGUGGCUCACUACAACUUUACAUCUACCCGCCUUUCCUUGACAGCAACCAAAAUUGUCUCAUCAGCAGUUUUGCCACCAAAGAAUCCUCCCUCCACUCAAGACGCCACCACACAGUGAAGUGAAAAUCCCAGAUUUACCUGAGAGUAGUGGUGGUGUUUCUUCAGCCAGUGACGAGCAGAAGAAAGCAAAGCGUGCCAAGCUUAGUGGCUAGAUCACAUGCAGUAUAGUCACUCCAUCACUGGCUGGUUCAGACUGCCCAGUCAUAAUGGUUCUCUAAUAACAGUCUUCUUCUCUCUAUUUAAUCAGUUUGGUUUUAUUAAAGUUGUUUGGUUUUCAUUUUUAUCUUGGUUAUGAAUCUAUGAUAAUUUUGCUUUCCUCUUUAUUCCUUCCUUUAAUGGUUCGACACUCAUUAAACGUGUUACAUGCAUGCAUACAAGUUUAAUUAGUCCAACACACUACAAGAAAAAUGGGUUUUAAUAGCAGACCGGAAUAGCGUUUUUUACGAUUGUGCUAUGUUUGAUAUACCCGUUAGUUUUAGAUAGCGUUUGUAUAUUUAAAAACGCUAUGAUAAAGUGGUAUAUUUGGAAACGCUAUGAUAACAUACGGUUUAAUAUGUAACACUUGGGUUUAAUAGCAAAACAUGAUUAAAAACGCUAUGUUUGGUUUUUGAAUCCCUAAAUCCUAAAACAAGUUUUUAAACCUAAACUCUAAAUACAAACUUUAAACUCUAUUUUAACAUCAAAUCAUAAAUUUAACUUCAAAUAUAAAACUUAAACUCAAAAUUUAUUCUUUUUAAUUUUAAUAUAUAAGUUCCAAACACACAAACUUUAAUUCUUCAGUCAAACUCUAUACCCUAAACUCUAACACCAAGCAUAUAUAAAACCAUACAUUUACUAAAUAUAAACUUCGAAUCUAAAUUUUAAUUAUUUAACAAAUUUCAAAUCUAAAUCUUAAUCACAAAAUAUUUAUAUAAAAACUUAACACUUAUACUCUCAAAACUAUAAACCCUUAAAUCAAAAACAGAACCCUUUAUACAAUAUAAUUAUACAAACCCUAUUACGCAGUUUUAAAAAAAUGUAUAACCACAAAAUUCAAAUCAAAAUUUAUAUUUUAAAUGUUAAAUUAUAAUAUAUAAUCAUUAAAUUUUUAAAAAUUUAAAACAGUAAAAAAGAAUGUAAAAACAAUCUUUACUGUCUUUUUUGUGGCCAUUGAUUGAUUCUAAUCUAAAGGUUAAAAUUUGUUCUUUUAUCUAUCUUCAACCUUUUUUCUCAUUGGUUAAUUUUUUUUUGUCAAGGAUCACACUUUUUAGCCACUGAUUUGUUUUGAUCUGAAGGUCUAAAAUCACUCCCUCUCUUUUCUAACUCCCGAUAGAUCUGAGAUCUCAUAUUUUUUUUUUUUGGGUUCUACGGUCUCACACUUCUCUUUCUUCUUCCUUUACAAUUUUUACUCCUCUGUUCAAUAUCUUUGUCUCUGUUCAUUCAUGGAAACAAAACUAUUAGAUUUGAUUUUGAUUGAAGGUUGGGUCCAGGAGUUGAGAGAUGAAGAAUCUCGUAGAAGAGACAUGACGACGCCUCUGUACAGUAGUCACUGAAACAAAACGUCUCUGGACCUGGCCUAUGUACGCCUCCUCUCAAGUACAUUGGAGAAGACGACCAGGAGACGACGAGAAAGCUUCGUGGAGAGGAGACAAUGACGACGAAGACCAAGGUGGCUGGAUGCGACGACGAGUAUGCCUCCUCUCUGCAACUUGCCUCUCAAAUCCCACGACGAAGAAGAAGAAUCAUGGCUGGAUACGACGACGAAAGUCAUGGAAGAACACGACGACGAAGGUGGUGGUGCGGCGGUGAGGAUUGGAAGAUGAAGAAGACAACGAAGGGGCCAGGGGGGUGUUGGUGCGGCGGCGUUUGGUAGUAAUUAGGUUAAAACUUGGUUUAGUUUUUGGUUUAUUUGGUUUGUUGGUUUAUUGUUUAAUUAGAUUUAUUUUUUAUAUUUUUUGUAAACCAAUUUAAUUAUUGAUAAAUUUAAAUAAUAAAGAAAAUUAUAAUUAUAUGAAUUAAUUUUAAAUUUAAAUUAUGUUUUUAUUUUUAAAUAAUUAACUAAAAAAAAUUCUAAAAUAAAUAUUUUUAAUGUAAAUAAUAACAAAAAAAACAUGCUAUUAAAGACUGUUUAAUUGCAUACAGAAAAACGCUAUAAUAUAUGAGAAUAGGAUAGCAGAGUAAAAAACCGCUAUCUAAUGUGUCUGACCUAUUAUGACGGGCGAUGAUACAUCGCUUCAGAAACCGCUAUAGUAUCGUUAUAUAGCGUUAUUCGUCCGCUAUUAAAACGCAUUUUUCUUGUAGUGACAUGAAAAAAAAAUUGCAUAAGGACUACGUACUUAAGAAUUCACAUUGUUAUAAAACCAAUGAAUGCAUGAAUUUGUUAUGUCCAGCUGUUAAUGGCAAAAGAUAUUCAUGCCAAAAAUUGAAUAAAAUAUAUUCCACCAUAAAUACAAAUAACAAGAGAUAUGGAAACAAAACAAUACGUUUUUCUAAAUAUAUUUUUUCUUUGACUCCAAGCUGAACACGGCAUAUUCAUUACAGCACUGCAGUCUACCGAUUCUCAUUCAACCUUCCGAGAGAGGUCUUCAACGCCUGAAGAGGAAACCGGCAGUACACUGCUUAUUUAAUUUGAUUUGGUUGUAAUAUGUUUCUAAACAAUAUAAAAAGUAAUUUUAUUUUGAAAAUAUAAUAAGUUUAGACCUACUUGAUAUUUUAAAACCAAAAAAUUAAAUUAAUAUCUUCUAACGAAAAUUCACAUAUAUUAGAACAAAGAAAGUUUAAAUGACUUAAAAUCCUAAUAAAACCAAAAUUUAAACUCUCCCUUAUUAUCAGUUUUGAAUCAAAAACAUUAAUAUUACUGAAAUAUUAAUAUAUUACUUUAACCCAAAACUCUAAUAAAACAAUUAUAAAAGUUGUAAAUUCACUACAUUGUUUCAUCAUAGCAGGUGUUUCUUUUAUGUUUAUAGUAUUUUGUUUAUAUCAAAUGAUGUAUUUCGCAGUAUUUAAACAUAAAUUUAUAUUGAAAAUUCGCAGUAUUUAAACAUAAAUUUAUAUUGAAAAUUAAUCUCUGCAUUUAUAAUAAAAAUUAAUAUUUGAAGUUCAAAAUUUCCUAAUUAAAAUAAUAUAAAGGUGGGUCAAACUUUUCCCAAUUUCAAAAUCUUAGCAUCUCUUAAAAAUAAAGAAAAUAAAUUUAUAAAUACAUAAAAUAUAUAAACAUAUAUGGAACUAUAAUUUCUAUAAAAAAGAAAUUUAAAAAAGGAAAAUAAUCUUGCCAUGUUGUUGUUUAUUUCUAGAGUUUGUCCUGUUACCGUACAAAUAUUUGCUUUCACCUUUCAAGUUGGCUAGCCCCACAACUCAUAUAUAUAUAUAUAUAUAUGUAAAUUAAAACCUAAUGCAUAAUUUUUAAUAUAACAUCUUAAAACAUAAAAAUUAAAUUUAUUACUUUGAUUAAUUAUAUUUUGUGAUUUUAAUUCUCUAUUAUAUCACAAUAUAUCAUAUAAAAAGCCAAUAUUUAUAACUAAUUGGACUUAUAUUAUGAAAGCAUUAUACUAAUAAUAUAGAAAUAAACUAUUUUAAAUAUAAUUUAUGUGUUAUAUAAAUUGAUUAUUAUGUGUCAUUUUUUAUUUUAUUAUUUAUUACUAACAAAUAUUAAAAAUAUUUAAUUUGUUGAUACGAAAUAUAUUAAGAAAUCUAUUUUAGUUGGGAUUUGUUUAAGGAAAAAUCAAUGAUUUAAAUUAGAAAGGGGCAUUAAAUGCUUAAAUCUAUUAUUUAAAUUAAGAAAAGACAAGCAGCCUUAAAUAUAGGUUCAAUACAUAUCUCAAUGGCAUUCUAAUGUAAAUAAAUGGUAAAUUUAAGGAGUAUUUCUAUUUCGUACUUCUUUUUUUAAUAAUAUAGAUUAUGAAAUAUUUGACCAUUUAAUCAUAAAUUUUGUUUAAUAUAUAUUUCGUUUUAAUAUAUGUGUAUUAUUUACAUCAUAUUAGAUUUCAUUUUCCGUAGUUGUAGCCAGUUAGCCGGUUCAAACUCUAUGAUUGACAAAGAGAUAUAAUUUUCCAAUGAAGUUUAUUGAUCCAAUUGAGGCUCUUAGCAUUUGAUAUAUAGUUCAAAAUAUUAUGUACACAACAUUCAUUUAUCAAGUUCUCUGUGAAUUACAAUUAUUUAAUAUAUUUGUCUCUUCUGUUUAAUUAUAUUACACCUGUUUUCACCCAUGAAGAGCUCUAUGUUGGUCAUUCCUGAGUUACUACCAAGGUAGGCAUCAAAAUUAUACAAGGAAAUGAUCAAAAGAUCGGAAAAGUUAAAAACAUAGUCUACAAAGAAAUGUACAACGGUCUACCUCACUUACCAGGUAAUCCAUUAUUAUUUGCAACACAAUAUACAACAUUAUCCAAAAAUACUAAACUCCUUUCUCUCCCUCCCCCAGUAUCACAAUCAGAUGCUCACCCAGAUCAGACUCCCCGGAAUCACGAACAACUUUCUAUAUCAUAAAACGCAAGCAACAAAUAAGUCUGCCGACCAAAAAACUCCAAACUCAAUAAUGAAGCUGUACUAACAAAAUUCUUUUUAACAAUUGGUCCGCCCCCAAUAGAAAGUGCCAGCUCUAUAAGAUCAUUCACAGUACACUUCGCAGACAUCGUCUACGUCUUAUCUUAUUUUUAUUCUUUUCUGUUAUCUACCAAAAACUAUUCCCUUUGGACAAUUACUAAUUUCUACUACUAAACUAUUUUGUUUUGAACUGUGUGAACUGACUAACGUUUUUUUUAAUCUUAAAAUUCUCCACACAAAAAAAAAUACUCAACACACAAAGACAAAUAAAAAUUUAUGACAAUUUAAAAUAAAUCAAUAUGCGGCUACCAAUCAAAAAUAAAAUUUAUAAUUUGAACAUGUUUUCCGCACGUUGCGCGGACACCGACUCUAGUUAAAGUAAUAGACUCAUAACAACCACGUGUUUUGUGAAAAAAAAAGUAAGUUAUUGUGGGUUUGUGACAAAGAGAAAAAUACCAGCGGCGUCAUUAAAAGUCAAAAAGUGAAUGAUUUUUUCUUUUCUUUUUUUGUCACAGAAAUGAUUUUUUCUUAUAACAAAGAAUUAUAAGUGAAUAAAUAAAACGCUCGAGGCAAAAGACAUGAUGUAGCCUCGUGAUUUAUAUGGCCAUACCAUUGAACAUAAAGAGAGAAUGAUUUUGGGGUCAAAAUGAUAUAUGUUAGAAGAUAAAGAUCAAAAUAAGAUGAUUAUCCAUACACAUGUCUUUCUUACAGCAAUGAUGUCAUCUAUCACUUCUUAGUGUUUUAUCUUUUUUUAGUAAAGCAACCGACUUAUGUGUAGUAUAAAUAGCAUUCAUUCUCUUUACUUUGUACGUACAACAAGAAGAAGAGUUUAUAACAAUAAAAAAAUCAUUUGCUCUCAUCUCUCAUUAUUCUCCAACAUAAAUAUAUAUAUAAUAACUAUAAGCAAAGCUAUAGUUAUCUAUUUACUCCUUUUUAUUUACAACACGUUAUCAGCACGAGGCUCUGACCAACUGAAGUUUAUCAAUCCAAAAGUUCUUAAACCAGCCGAGAUAAUGUUUAAAUUUAUGUAUUUCAAUACAUUUAAUUUAUUUAAAUUUUAUUAUUGUUUCGGAGUAAGAGGCUGGACCUUCUCCGUUCGGGAUGAUAGGCGCUGCCUUCCCCGACUGAUCGUUAUGGUAGGCUAUGCCUUCACGAUCAGAGAAACACGUGGUAGGCUUUGCCUCCGUGAAUAAAAAAAAAGGUCAAAAAUGGUAGACUAAGUCUCUUCGGACCUUAAAAUAAAUAAAGUCAAAAUGGUAGACCAUGUCUCCUCGGACUUUGAAAAAAUGAUCAAUAUGGUAGUCUAUGACUCCUCGGAUCAUGUGGUAGGCUGAGCCUCCCGAUUUUAUUUAUGCUAUUUAAAUUCCUGCAAUUUAAAUUUCUGCAAUUUAAUUUAUGCAUUUAUUUUAUGCUUUUAUUAUGUCUUUAAAUUCUCGUCUUUAUUAUAAUAUUAUUCUAUGAAUAAUGUUAUCAAGUGAAUUUUGACAAAGCUCAAAAUAAAUGCCCUUGAUAUUACGAGAAAUAAUUAUAAGGCUUGGGCAGUGGGUGCAAAGAUGCACCUGAGAGAAAAUGAGCUUUGAAAAAUCAUCGAUAUAAUCUAUAUUGGAUGAGAAAAAGAUAAAGCCAUGAUAAUUUACACCACGUUAAUGAAGGUUUAUAAGAUAGGUGUAUCAUGAGAACAGAUCUAGAAGAUCUUUGAAUAAUUAAAUCCUUGAAAGAAAGGAUUCAAUAAAUAGUUGGAGUUGAUGUAAAUCCUCCUUGAAAACUGAAAAAAAAAAUGAAAUCAUGAUACUAAACCAUCAAGUCGGUCCUACUAGAACAGGACGAGGGUGUAGAUGCGGUUGAAACCCCCUAUCAUGGUCGUGGAAGAGGACGAGGAAGAAGAUUCCGUCCCUAUGAAAAUAAUAAAAACGUCCACGAAAAAUAAAAGUGGUCGGGUGAUAAAAGGCAAACAAAAAAGGUUUGCUAUAGAUACGACCAGAAAGAAAAUUGGGUACGUAGUUGUCGUACGCCAAAUAUUUAGCCGAUCUAUAUUGAGAAUCAAAAAGAAAAAGAGAAAGGAAGUAUAUUAAACUUCGUCUCUUAUGAGCCCGAACCAUCUUUCAUAGCUUGAAUACUCAUCUUGAUGAUUCAGAUUUUCUGGUUAGUCCAGAAAAUGAAAAUAAAAUAUCGAUGUGAAAUGAGGAUUAUUUUCCUGAAUAAGAUUUUGAGAUUCAGGAUGGAGAUAGAUAAACCUCGCAGAUAUUGAGUCAUCGUACAUGACUACUAAAGGUAACAAAUAUUUCUUUUCUCUCAAAAUAAAUAAGUAUAGUAUUAGUAAUAUAAGCAUAUUAUUGGCUCUAGAGGAGCUUAUGAUGAAAAGACAUGCAUAAGAAAAAGGAUGGCAUUUGUAUAAAUGAGUGGUAAACCUGGAGUUUACUGAUAUAUAGUCAUCUCCAAUAAUGUUAUCGACAUUAUUGUGAAAUAUUGAAAAACCAGAAGUUUUUCACAUAUAGCAUGUCAAGAAAAUAAAGAAAACCAUCAUGGUGAUGAAUCAUCAAACAAGUUCACAAUAUGUGAUUUCUUUAAACAGACCCCAAAUUAAGAUCUCACUCUAAAGGAUUUGAAACAUAAUUUAUCCCAAAUGGGAAAACUGAAUAUGUUAUUGGUUCUAGAGUGGGAUUCAGUACGAGAUUUUAGACAUGGAGUGUCAUCAUCUCGAGGGAGAGAAUCAAAGAAUCCUGGUUAGUGGAACAUUGAAAAAUUAUGUUUGCACUUGAAAAAGAACUUGAUAAAGUAAAUUCAAGUAAGAUGAUCCCCAUGAUUGGGUGUAAACAUGCAGUUGUGCAUGUAAUAAAGACAUAUACAAUCCAGAGGGAUAAAGUAUAUGGAUACUUAGAAAUAUGCUCGCAAGUUUGCUAGAAGCAUAUGAUAAGCUGAUGGAAUGAGAUAUGUGAAAUGGAUUACAAUGAAAAGUAGAAUAAUCCAUUUACAAAAUGCCUGCCAGACAUUUUGAUGAAAUAAUGAUAUCUCAUAUUCCAGCUGAAAAUGCUCCAAUAAGAAAAUAGUGUCCUAAACGGACGAUAUAUGAGUCUAUGGCACGCUAGAGACGUGAUAGACCACUUUGGUUCCAAAGAGUCCUCGAAAAGGAGCA